AUGACCUAUCAGUUGAAUUGCCGAGAGAACCUGUCGAAGACGGGGGUGCCGUGUCAACAGCAAUGCGUGCACGCAAUCAUCACGUUGAGCACGUUCGCCGAGGGCUUCGAUUACCUGCAUUGCAAAUGCGAGGGGAACUUGUGUCAAAAGAGUCAAGAUAGAAUCAACCGGUGUCUCCCCAACAUCGUCCAGUUGAACCGCACCGAUUCCAUCAUUCCUUGCGAGGCCAACUCAUCGGCAGCAAAAGUGGCACCUUCAUGCAAUUUGGUACUCGAUCUAGUAGUGAUGUGUCAUGAAAUCGAAUAG